CAAUUAAUUAAUAAGAGAAUAGACGGUUUUAUCUAUCUACAAAACCGCGACAGAAAACCAAAAAAAAAAAAAAAAAAGAAAUUUUAUCAAAGAAACAAACAAACACGCCACAAAGCCUUUUUGAGACCCCUCCCCCUUGAACACGCUACUCCUCCUAUUUCGAAUUUUCGAUCACACUCUGAAAAAUCGAGCUUUCUGGAGUCGAUCAGGAUCAGAAUCUGAAUCUGAAGGAUUCGUUAUUUCGUAAUCGGAUCAAAAUCGGGUUUGGAAACGAUGGGGAAGCUGUACGUGAAAAUGGUGCCGCCGGCAGAUCUAAACCGGAACACCGAGUGGUUCACCUAUCCUGGGGUUUGGACUACCUAUAUAUUGAUUCUCUUCUUCGCCUGGCUCAUCGUUCUUUCUGUUACCAAUUGUACCCCCGGCAUGGCCUGGACAAUCGUCAAUCUCUCUCAUUUCCUGGUGACUUACCACUUCUUCCAUUGGAAAAAAGGAACCCCUUUUGGUGAAGAUCAAGGAAUCUAUAAUGGGUUGACAUGGUGGGAGCAGAUGGACAAUGGAAAGCAGCUCACUCGCAAUAGAAAAUUCCUGACAGUUGUUCCUGUGGUUCUCUACUUGAUAGCCUCGCAUACAACCGACUACCAAUACCCGUUGCUGUACUUCAACACAUUUGCAGUGCUUGUGUUAGUUGUGGCUAAGUUCCCAAAUAUGCACAAGGUCCGAAUCUUUGGAAUCAACGGAGAGUACUGAAUUUGGAAGAACUAUUAAACCAGUUCGUCCCUUUUAAUUUAAGUAUGAGACUUCGAUCCGUACUACAUCUGUAAAAAAAGGAAAACAAAAAACAAAAAAGGUUUAUGCCUCUUCUGUGUAUAGAAGCUGGAACUCGUGAGUGCAUCUGGUAAACGUACUAUAUCGUGCUUAGUUAUUUUUACGAGCCUCCUCCAAACUGAAGCAGUAUAUGUAAUGAGUUGUAUUUGUACCUUAGAAAUCUUUUAUAUACUUUUUUGGAGAUUAUUGUUCUUGCCUUCACUAU